AUGUCUUUUCAGCAGCAACAGCAAUAUGAACGUGACCAACAGCUGUAUCAACAACAACAGUAUGAGCAAGCUCAGCUUUGGCAACAACAACAGGACCUUCAGCAGCAAUUGCAGCAAUACCCUCAAUAUCCAGGGCAGCAACCAGAGGAGUUUCUUCCACAGGACCAAUCGGUACUUUCUCAUGACCAUCUCAAACCCGGACACAAGGCAACACUCCUUUCUUACACCCAGACUCUCGAACUCUAUCGUCAGAAUGCUAAAAAGACCAAUGACCCAGAACUUCAAUUCGAAUUUGCUGCGUUCAUGAUUGACGCUGGUAAGGCCUUGGAAGACGCUCAGACUCGGGCAGAACUCUUUGAUGAGGCCAUGAAGCUCUUGCGCAAACUCGCUUCGAAUGGACAUGCCGAAUCGCAGCAUUAUCUCGCAGAAUGCUAUGCCUCGGGUUUUGCAAAGGGUAAGCCCGACUUUGACAAGGCUUUCCCACUCUGGGUACAGGCCUCGAAACAUGGACAUCCGGAUGCAGCCUACCGAACCGGCAAAUGCUAUGAUGAAGGCCUAGGUGUGCGUAAGGAUAGUGCAAGAGCUGUUCAGUUUUACAGGAAAGCAGCUUCGGCAAAUCAUCCCGGAGCCAUGUGGAGAUUGGGUGUUGUGACAUUGUACGGCGAGCUCGGUCUAACAGCAUCGCCUCGUGAUGGAGUCAAAUGGCUCAAACGAUCUGCUCAGGCAGCUACCCCCGAGUUUCCUUUUGCGCUGUACGAGCUGGCUCAGUUGCAUGAACGUGGAAUUGAAAACAUUGUUUUUGUCGAUCCAGAGUACUCAGUAUCACUUUACUCUCAGGCUGCUGAACUGGGACAUGCUGAUUCUGCAUUCAGAUUGGGUGAGUGCUGGGAAUAUGGCAAGUUGGGCUGUAAGCAAGACCCACGACUGUCGAUUCAUUAUUAUACAUUGGCGGCGCAACAGGAACAUCCUGAAGCCUGCUUCGCAUUGGCUGCAUGGUAUUUGGUUGGCUCAGAGGGUGUGUUGCCCCAGUCAGAUGCUGAGGCAUACAUUUGGGCUCACCGUGCAGCUGAAAAGAACUUGUCCAAGGCACUGUAUGCGAUGGGCUAUUUCACAGAGGUUGGUAUUGGCCCACGCAAGGACAUGGAGGAGGCUAUCGGAUGGUACAAGAAGGCUGCUGCUGCAGGAGAUAAACGUGCUGUUCAACGUCUGGAGGGUGUGCCUGUCGAUGCCAAUGCCAAGGACAAGAACAAAGAUGAGAAAUGCACGAUCAUGUAG